AUGAUUGACUCAAAGUUUAUGUUUGAGAGAAAAGAUACGAAAAGCGAUGGAAAGGACGGCGCGAAGGGAGGGAAGGACGAGAAGAAGGGCGGGACCUCUUCGGUGAAGGUUCGCCACAUAUUGUGUGAGAAGCAGUCGAAGAUAUUGGAGGCGUUGGAGAAGAUAAGGGCCGGCAAUAAGUUCAAUGAAGUCGCCCAACAGUACAGCGAAGACAAGGCCCGCAGUGGCGGUGACUUGGGUUGGAUGACCAGGGGGUCAAUGGUGGGCGCCUUCCAGGAUGCGGCGUUUGCACUGCCGGUGUCCACCACUGGCUCGCCCAUCAUAACGGAUCCGCCCGUGAAGACUAAGUUUGGUUACCAUAUCAUUAUGAUUGAGGGCAAGAAGUGAUGAAGUGGUGCACCAGUUGUUGACUGUUUUGGUCGUAUUUGCCAUUCAUUUAUACAUUCGUUUGAAUCAAUGAAUAAAAUUGUUUUUAAUUUUUCA